AGAAUCACCAGGACCAGGCGCAGCCGGCAACGCGUGCGCGCCCCCGCGGACAGGGUCGUGCACGCAGAGCGGGAGUGCGCCUGUCCGCUCGCGUAGUUCUCAGUCUCUAGAGCGGGGUCGGGGUGUCGGGCCCGCGCCCGGAGCGGGCCGUGUCCGCGAUAAUGGGUGAUGAUGAUGACGACGACAUCCCUCAGCUUUCAUCCCAUACACUGGCUGCCCUGCAGGAGUUCUAUAUAGAUCAGCGACAGAGAGAGGGCAUAAAGAUCUCCCAAGGAUUUAAACAGUAUUCCUUUGGCUCAAUAGAAGAGGACUGGCAAUUGAGCCAGUUUUGGUAUGACGAUGAAACUGCAUUAUGCCUGGCUAAUGAAGCUGUUCUGGCAGCUGGAAGAGGUGGCAGGAUAGCGUGUGUUAGUGCUCCAAGUGUUUACCAGAAACUGAAAGAACAGGAUGGCAAAGAUUUUUCCGUGUGUAUACUGGAAUAUGACAAAAGAUUUUCUGUAUAUGGAGAGGAAUUUAUCUUCUAUGAUUACAACAAUCCAUUGAAUUUACCUGGAAAUCUCAUACCACACAGUUUUGACAUAGUAUUAGCGGAUCCACCCUAUCUGUCUGAGGAGUGUCUCAGAAAAACAGCAGAGACAGUCAAAUACUUAACAAAAGGAAAGAUUCUGCUCUGUACAGGUGCAGUCAUGGAGGAGCAGGCAGUGAAGCAUCUUGGUGUGAAGAUGUGCAAUUUUACUCCAAAACAUACACGAAACUUAGCCAACGAAUUUCGAUGUUAUGUGAAUUAUGAUUCUGGACUAGACCGUGAUUCUAGCUGUUCAGAGUGUACAUAAACUAAGCGAAACAGUAUAUCAAGUCCAUUUAUUCCUUCUUUCAGUGAUGUCUGCGAUCCUCAUUGCUUUAUUAAAGGUGCUGCUUCAGGUGA